AUGCCAAAACCAAAGCCCGUUGCGUCGCUUUCUGGGCUUGUGGAUACGGAAAUGGAGGAUGACACAUUGAACAUGGACGCGUUCCCAACCCCAGAUUCGAAUCAAGAAAAUGCCGGCUCAGCUAAGAAAAAAGGCCGUCCAGCAAAGGCAACAGCGAAGAAGUUUGCGAAGACGAAGGCGAUCGGAAGGCGCGCCAGUGGCGACUCAAUCCCACCCAAAAAAGCGGCACCAAAAAAGAAAGCGGGCGCCAAGAGGGCACCUCUGAAAGAGCAGACCAAUGUUCGACACGCAGAAGAUACAGAAGAGGUGGACGAGUUUGCGAGCGAGGGAAACGAAAAUAUGGCCAUGGAUGAAUUGGUCCAAACUAAGCAACCAGCAAAGCAAGUUGCUCCGGCGAAGAAGGCAGGGAAGCAGUCAAAGAAAAAGCCGGUGGAGCAAAUGAACGUGGUGGAGGAAGGGUCUGCUCAGCAACCGAAAGCGAUGGAGAAGGACGGAGAGUUCGAAUAUACGCCAACUGCCACUCGACAAACGAAACGUCCGGGAAGGCCUGCUGCACAAAAGCCCAAAGCCAACAUGCGCCAGAAGACCGUUGAGCCUCGCCAACAGGAAAAGAUCAUUCCAGAGACACAAGUCGCAAUGGAGAUAGACCAACCAGAAGCCCCAGCAUCAGACGAAGAGGAUGAGGAUGCAGUCCCACAAUCAAUAUUUCGACGAACCAACAACGCCCGAGAAGAUACCCACCAGCGCCAGCCCACAGUGGCAAGAAGACGUGCUGGCAGUAUAUCGGAUAACGAACGAGGAGGCAUUGAUCCAGCAACGAGACGAAAGCUAGGAGAGAUGACCAAGAAGUUGGAAAAGCUUGAUACGAAGUACAGAAAUCUUAGAGAAGAAGGCAUCAAGGAAGCAAAUGCCAAUUUCGAGACGUACAAAAUGCACUCCCAAGCCAACGCGAAAGCCGCGAACGAUCUCAUCAUCUCACUGAAGAAAGAACUCGCUACCCAGAAGGCACUGUCCAAGGACUCAGCGUCUCUCGAGAACGAGAUCAUCACCCGUGACGCCGAUCUGGCCAGAACGCAAGCUCUCGCCGACCAGCUAUCGACCUCUCUCUCCGAAGCCCAGAACGAAAACAAAGCCCUGCAAGCCAAGUUGGCCAACUCGCGCAGUGCCUCCACAGCUGUUGAGAGCCUCGGCGCCAAAACGCCUGGUAGCGCGAUGCGAGGCAAGACUCCCGCCCAGCGAACCAUCAUGGUUGGCAGCGCCGAGGCAGCUUAUGCUGCGCAAGUGGCUCAAUUGAAGGAAGAUCUAUAUAGCGACUUGACUGGCUUGAUACUGCGGGGUGUGGAGAGGAAAGAUGAGUCUGAUAUCUAUGAUUGCAUUCAGACAGGCCGAAACGGCACACUCCACUUCAAGCUUGCAAUAGCCAAAGAAACCGACGGCGGCUACGAAAACACCGAAUUCCAGUACACACCACGCUUGGACAGCAACCGCGAUCGCGAUAUGAUCGCUUUGCUACCGGAAUACCUCACGGACGAAAUCACCUUCUCGAGGACCAACGCUGCCAUGUUUUACGGCAGAGUAGUCGAGACGCUGACGAAAAAGAGGCCGGUGGAGGUACAGGAGUAG